AUGGAAUGCAGUGGCGUGACCACCUCUUCCACCGAGGCCUCUCGGAGAAUGGAUACAAUGAAGGUGGAGCGGGGCUCAGUCCUGAAGACAAACAACCCCAAGAAUCUCGAGUCUCGAGUGAGCCAAAUAACCUUUCGAGCCGCCCGCCUGAAGCGUGCAACGCUUCUACGGCCCCUUCGCGGCUUCCCGCGAUUUCAGUGUGCUGUGACGGUCACUGUGAGCCCCACGGUGGAGGCAGCGAGGGGGGGGACGGCCAUCCUGCCCUGCUCCUUCACCGUCACCCCCCCCUCCGAUAACGCCAUCGUGGAGUGGUUCAUCGAUGAGCCUGGGGCCCGCGUGCGGGUGGCCUACAGGUCCCAGUCCGGCGGGGACGGUGGCAGCGAUGCCGGGACCAAGCUCUCCGGGCGGGUGUCGGUGGGGCCCGACUCCUCCCUCUCCAUCUCCUCGGUUCAGGUGGCGGACCAGAGGAGCUUUCACUGCCAGGUGACGGCGGGGGCGGCCGGCGUCCACGAGAGAACCACAGAGCUCAAGAUCGGGCAGUGUGUGAGCAGCAACGGCCACCCUGAGCCCCGCCUGGUCUGGUACAAAGACUCCAGCCCAUUGAAAGAGACGACGGAAGUCAAUAAGAAGAUGUACAUGGAGUCUAAAGUGGUGCAGGAGGUGACGGGACUCUACACCAUGUUCAGCACUCUCAACCUGCAGGUUCGGAAGGAGGACAGGGCGUCUGUGUUCCACUGCAGGGUGGAGUACACCACGCUAAAUGGCCUCGCCCAGCAUAAGGACUCGGAGACCUUCAAACUGCCAGUGUACUAUGUCACGGAGCAAGUGACCUUUGACCUGGUGAACCCUGGCCCAGUCAAAGAGGGCGACGCGGUGCAGCUCAACUGUGAGGCCGAUGGCAACCCCAAACCUGAAUACGACAUUACAUUCAUUAAGGAGGGCAAGUCAGAGACAAAGAAGGCUCCAGGGGGAGUCCUGACGCUGUCUCCGGUAAAGCGCGACGAUGCAGGCGUGUACAGCUGUGAAGCUCUGGACUUCGAUGCUCCCCCAGAGACUGAGCUGGUGAAGAAGCUCACCCUGAUGGUCCACUACCUAGACCCCGUAACCCUCUCUCCUGCUGGCCCAGUGACCAAGUCUUUGGGAGAGAAAGUGGAGGUGACCUGUGACACAAAGGCUUCCGACAAACACACUCUGCAGUGGAAGAAGGGGUCAUCGGUGCUGUCCAAGACUGGAACCCUCGCCCUGGAAAACGUGACCCUUGCCGACUCUGGAGUAUACGCCUGCGUCGCUGCUGUGCCCACAGUUCCCGGACUCCUAGCGCUGGCGAACAUCACGCUCAAUGUGGCAGGGAAGCCUGAGCUGGACGUGCCCUCGGACGGCGUGGUGGAGAAGGAGGGAGACACGGUGACCCUCAGCUGCUCCGCCCGGGGCUACCCCGCCCCGCUGUUCACCUGGAAGCCCUCGGGGAAAGAGUCUGUGGCUACAGAGGGGAACCAGGUCACCAGCACCGUCCAGCUGGACGCCACGGCCGCCGUGCUGAAGGACGGGGUGACCUGCGAGGCCACAAACGAGUAUGGCGCCGACUCCAAGCAGCUCAAGGUCGUCAUCGGGAAAGAGCCAGAUAAGCAGGAGGGGAACUCGAGUGGAGUGGUGGUCGCUGUGGUGCUCUCUCUACUCCUGCUCAUCCUGCUGGCCCUGCUGCUGUUCUUCCUGUGGAAGAAGGAGAAACUCUGUUUCAAAAAGGAGAAAAAGGGCGCAAACGAAGAGGGGAACAACAGCGCCGCGGUGGAGAUGUCGUCUGACAAAUCCAACGAGGAGAAGGGGCUACUGAACAAACCGCCAGCUGCCGAUCAGGUCAGGGGCUCAGACUUGAUGAACGGAAGGGAGGAGGAACGGAAUGAAGACGGCAGCUGGAAGACUUUGACGGACGUGAUCUGGGGCGGGGUAAUUUUAGACGCGAAGGCGAACUCGAGAAAGGGGCAGCACAACGCGGAGACGGGGAUUGCGGCGUUGGGGUGGAACUGGCGCGUGGCUUGCUGA